CAGUCUAGAGCUAAGAUGUGAUUCGGCCUGAUAGGUAGACUCCUCUGAUAUCGUGGCUCACCAGAGCAGGCGGGUCAUCUACUCUUCAUUGUCGACUGUCGACAGUCGGCCAUCAAUAUUUUAAGCCGCAAGGGAGCCACUGUAAGCUGGCGGGCAGGUGAAAUUCUUGAGAAGACCUUGAAUUAACCUGACCCGCGAGGAGAGACCUACAUGUUAUCUACCUUGCAGCCCACAACCUUUUCCAUUUCCGUUCUUUUGCCAGCACCAUUUUCUGUCAGCAAACAAGCAAAUAUCCCAGCACCAAGAACCGCUUCGACGCGAAAACAAACACUUGCAAACCCGCAACCAGAGACUUGCUUGGACGGCCCACAGCCAAGCGAAGCGCCUGAGCACGUGACCUCCCAGAGACCUCCCGAGCUAGGUAAGGCUGACCAAUCAACGCGUGUACUCAAUUGACAGGACCCUUGCCAAAGCGUGGCUAACUUGGUGCCAAAGGCCCGGCUGUCGCAGCCUUCCCAAAUACCCAAGACAAUCAUCAAGGCGCUUGGUCGCCGGUCUGUAGUACGAGUUCGCGUCCCGUCGCGGAAGCCCACUGGCAGCCUUGCCCAUUCUGUCAAAAGGUUGCCAAUGCCUGCCAGAAGAAAGGCCAAGUCCAAACCGCCCAAAGCCAGACAUCGCAAGGCCACACGCGAUCCCACUCCUGAAGAGGAGUACCAAAUCCGCAGCAUCCUCGACGAGAAGGUCGAGCGCGGCAAGCUCCUGUACUUGAUAGACUGGGAGGAUAGCCCCGAGGGGCAGACCUACGAUCCAACCUGGGAGCCUGCCAAGCACGUAAACGAGGUAGCCAUCAACGAGUGGGAGGCCGAGAAGAAGAAGAAGAAGCUCCUCGCUGGGGAAGGUCAGGAGAGCAGAAAGCGACCAGCAAGCUCUCUGCCCGAAGCCGCCGAGGACGAGAACGAGGAAGACGACGCGAGACCUGCGAAGAGGGCCAAGGGCAACGACUCUGGCUAUACAUCGCCAGAGCUAGAGCUUGGGGUUGAAGUUGAUAAUAUUCCUGACAAGGCAGGGAGGCAGCUUGUACUGGAUAUUCAUCCGCCGUCACAAGUGGAUCCUAACGACUAUCAGUUGUUUACAGCAUCUCAGCUCUCGUCUCAAAACAGCAGUCAGCUCGAUUCCACAUCCCAUACCGAUAGCAACGAGGCCUCAUCUGGAAAGGUUCUCAGCCAGCGAACCAUACCUGAUUCCCAAGCCACUGGCGAGUCGGAGCUCAGUUCAACGAUCCCGGAGAUUGUGCUGGCUAGCCAAUCGCAAGGACGGAGAGUGGGUUCUCUCGAGCGUGAGGAGCAACAAGCGUUGGAUUCUCAAGUCGCGAGCGAACAAUCGCAGCAGGCAGAGGGUGAGCAACAGGUCGAAGAGCACCAGCAGAAGGUGGGGCAGAGCCAGCAAGAAGAGCAACAGCGCAAGGAGCAACAAAAAUCCAGCUGGGAAGAACCUCAAGUAUCGAAAACGUUGGAUCACGACGAGGAGACGACAUCAGAGUCUCUGAUACCAUCGCGCCAACCUGAUCCAUUACAUCAACCUGUCAACCACAACACGCCACAGGCGUUUCGAGACGAGAAUAACCAUUCACAGAGCAGCUCCGUGUCGGGGUUCUUGACGCAGCCCGACUACCCUCACCUCAGCAACGACCCCUUCGGCGGAGUGGAGUCUGCUGUGGCUGAGGCUUACCAAGGCAGCGAAGUGAAUCGAGAUAGUCAAGUUGCGAUUAGCCAACAACGCCGCACGCCUGCACCCAUCGAAAACUCCUCCAUCCCAAGUGUGAGCAACGCGCCGCGAGCUGAUUCACCACAGGUCACCUCACUAGAGAUCUCGAGCUCCAGUUGGCAGUCGCAGCAAGCGCAGUUGGUGGAUUCAUUUGUGCCACUUUCGAGCCACUUGAACCAAAUUCGAACUCAAAGCCAGGAGUUGAGCCAAAGGGUCGAAGAGUUCGUUCCCGAAACGGCGCAAAAAGAGAGGACUCUGGUUUCCAACAGCGAACACCACAAAACCACCUGUCAGUGA